AUGAAACGGCAAAAUGUCCGCACUCUGGCUCUCAUUGUAUGCACAUUCACCUACUUGGUUCUCGGAGCAGCCAUAUUUGACGCUCUCGAAUCCGACAUGGAGGGCACGGAGAAGGAGAGACUACAGGCACAGGAGAAAGAGUGGCAGUUGAGGUACAAUAUCACCGCGGAGGAUUUUGAAAAAAUUACUCAGUUGGGAAUCCAGUUAAAGCCAUAUCGUGCAGGAACACAGUGGAAGUUCGCGGGUGCUUUCUACUUUGCCACAACGGUUAUAACAACAAUCGGCUAUGGACACUGCACUCCCAAAACCGUGGGAGGAAAGAUAUUCUGUAUGAUCUACGCCCUACCCGGCAUCCCCUUAUGCCUCGUCAUGUUCCAGAGCAUUGGAGAGAGAAUAAACACCCUCAUAACGCGCUUCCUUCGCCGCAUAAUCAGCCUAUUAAACUGCAAAAGCCAGACAGUUUCUCAGACCCAUCUGAUUUUUGUCAGUGCCAAUGUUGUCACUAUUGUCCUGACCGCUGGUGCUGCAGUGUUUGCUCAGUACGAAAAAUGGCACUACCUCGAUGCAGUCUAUUACUGUUUCAUCACUCUUACAACCAUCGGGUUUGGGGAUUUUGUGGCUCUCCAAAGGGAGGACUCCUUGGCCAAAAGACCCGAUUAUGUUGCUUUUAGUCUUAUCUUUAUCCUAUUUGGAUUGACCGUAGUGAGUUCUGUAAUGAAUCUUCUUGUGCUGCGGUUCCUUACGAUGAAUACGGAUGACCAACGAAGGGAUGACUUGGAGGCAGCAGCCCAAGCUCAGGAGUUGAGACGACUUCAUGGUGAUGUCAUUCAUUCGGUCAUCGGAAUGACUAACCAUUUGCCACCAAAUUGUCAUGACGAUACAAGGCAGAUUACGAAUUCCAUUCAGAGUAAAGAGUUGUCGAGUGUAAAAGAAGUUGCAGGCAUGAAACACCAACCUGUUAGGUAUUCGUAUGGUGAAGACGUAAUGGUGAACCAAUUUCAACCCAUAGAAACCCAACAUUCAGCUGUCAUGCUUCAUGUGGAGAAGUAUUUUCGUUCAUUUGCACGCCUGUUCAGUCAUGAAAGUCAUCAGACUUCCAACUUACCGACUGGAACUUUCCUGAAGAAUACUGAAGAUCGAAUAUCACCAACUGCCUCAUACACCGAGUCAGAAACCUAUGACGAGGAGUACUCCCCCUGGAUAAGCCAAUCAAAGGAGAAGACUGAACUCGGACAUGGUCAGCAUGUCUUUCGAUUCACGGAUUCGUGCUACCGAAACCUACAGAAGAUUAAAGAACCUAAGGCGGGCCUGAGAACUGAGAGUGUUGGACGUAAAACCAAAGUAGACGACAAUACACCAUUAGCACUUCAAAGGAACUGUGAACAGGAGACAAAAAGCGAGGCACAUACCGACCCGAACAUGGACGAUUGCGAGUCACCACCUCGCAAGUAUUUUCGAUAUGCCUCGUUCGACCGAGCGUCAUGUUGA